AUGGAGAGCUAUGAAGAUCUGAUCAACAAUAACAAAGUCGUCUUGGAUGAUGGUAACUAUGGGUUUUGGAAAUCAAGGAUCAAAUUUACCAUAGGAGGCAUUGAUCGACUUGCUUGGAAGACUGUUCUGGAAAAGUGGGAGGAAUCGACGAUCAAGGACGAAUCAGGCAAGAGAAUUCCCAAACCUGAAGCAGACUGGACCGAUGAAGAACAGAAGAAAUCCAAGUACAAUUCAAGAGCAUUGAGUGUUAUUCAUUGCAAAGUAGGGAGGAAACAGUUUGAUCUAAUUCAGGGGUGUGAAACUGCUAAAGAAGCAUGGGAUAUUUUACAAAUCCAGUACGAAGGAACCACAAAAGUGCAAAGCUCGAGAAAAGACAUGUUGGCUUCACGGUUCAAAAAUCUAAGGAUGAAGGAACAUGAAUCAAUAUCAGACUUUAGUUCAAAGUUAAGUGCCUUUGCUCAGGAAGCAUUAACUCUUGGAAAAACUUAUAAGGAUCAGAAGCUGGUCAAGAAAUUCCUAAGGUGUCUUCCUUCAAGGUUCAUGGGAUACAAGACUGUGUUGACCGUUUCUCAUGAUCUAGACAGCCUCAGUUAUGGUGAAGUGGUUGGAAUGCUGCAAGCUCAUGAGAUGGAGCUUGAUGGAAUCAAGAAACCAAAAAGCAUAGCUUUAACGGUUAGUAGAGACACAUCUGAUCAAGGAGAAGAAGAUGUUGUGAGUUUAUUGGUAAGAAGAUUUGAUCGUGCAUUAAGAAGAAUAGAACAAGGAAGUUCACAAAAGAUGACUGGAGUGUUCAAAAAGACCGGUAAAGAUAAGAAGGCUGAUAUGCAGUGUCAUGAAUGCAAAAGGUUUGGACAUUUCAUUCGUGAGUGUCCAACGAUUAAGCUUCGAGAUACAAAGUCCACAAUUUGCAGAGGUACAGGACAUACACAGGAGGGAUGUGUGAGUAAUCUUAGAAACAAAAAGGAGAAGUCCAUGAUAAGUAUUGAAGAUGAUUCAGAUGAUGGUAGCAGUAGUGAAGAAGAUCUCAUGAAUCUAGUAGCAAUGGUGGGGAUUACUGAAUUUGAGAAUGGAGUAGAGGUAACUAAUUUUGAAUCAGAAGAUGAGGAAGUGCUUGAUAUUGUUCAAAGCUACAAGGAAGUCCGAGAAAAACUCAUUACCUUAGGGAAGGAAAAUCAAGACUUACUCAAAGAGAAACUACAUCUUGAAGCUUUGAUCGCAUCACUACAGAAUGAUUUGGUGGAUGAAAAAAAGAUUGCUAAGGAAUCUGUGGAUUUAAUAAGAGAAAAAUUGAUGCUUUCUGCAAAAGCAGACAAGCUCGAGGAAGAAUUAAUUAAGGAGAAUAAGAAAACCACAUAA